GCUCCAGAGUUGAUGAUUAACCAUCAAACCGAGGGGCAGCAGUGAGUCUGUCCACCUUCCAGAGGACGUUGCUCAUUUCUGUCUUUACGCUCAUUUUAUUCAUCUCAUCUUUUAUCUCCUUCUUUUCUCUUUGUCUGUCUCCACAUCACACGCAGGUCAGGUUGGUUGUGAAAUGAAGCUGUGUCUUCUUCUUCUCUUGUUCUGUCUGUGCUGCCUGGGACUGACUGAUGAUCCCAGUCCAGCAGCUCCAGAUGUUUCUGGCCCUGUAGAUGAAGAGGAGACCGAUCACAGCUGCACUGGACAUCAGGUGUUCAGCCCUGAGGAACAGAGGGCUCUAGGUAGCGCCAUAGAGCGACUGGGUUUACAGUUUCUGGAAAAUCUUCCUCUUGGUCCACAGCAGCCGAAUGUCAUCCUGUCCCCUCUCAGUCUGGCCUUCGCCCUCGCUCAGCUCACCCUGGGUUCUCGUAAUGAGACAGAGAAGCUGCUACUGAAGAGCCUGAACGCCAACUCUCUACCCUGUUACCAUCAUAUCCUGGGAAGCCUUGUACCUCGUCUCAGCAAUACAUCACUGGAUGUGGCAUCACGCAUGUACCUGAGACCAGGAUUUGAGGUGAAGCUGUCGUUUGUGUCGGACUCUCUGACCAGGUACCGAUCAAAGCCGGUUCCUCUGGUCUCUGUAGACGAGGUCAACCAAUGGGUGGAAAACGCCACCAAUGGUCACAUCCCUAACUUUCUGGAGAGUAUUCCACAUGACGUGGUGCUCAUGCUCAUAAAUGCUGUUUAUUUCAAAGGUGAAUGGCAGACUCGAUUUGACCCCCACGUGACCUCAAAGGGAGUUUUCUAUCUGGAUGGCCAGAACUCUGUGUCAGUGGACAUGAUGAAGUCUACUCAGUAUCCUCUCCGCCUCCUCGAUGAUCCAGAGCUGGAAGCACAAGUUGCCAGUUUUCCCUUCAAGGGAAAUACCAGCUUCUUGAUCGUCCUGCCUUUGCCAGGGAGAGAAAACAUGUCAUCAGUGCUUCCCAGACUGAAUAUCUCUGACCUCUAUAGACGUCUACCUCAGGAGAAAACAAUGCAGGUCAACUUACCGAAGGUGAAGCUGCAUUACCACCAUGAGCUCCAGGAGGCGCUGACCAAAAUGGGCCUCGGCUCUCUGUUUUCAGGGCCCAACCUCUCUGGGAUUUCCGACCUGCCUCUGAAGGUGUCGGGUGUCCUCCAUGCCAGCACAGUCGAACUAAGUGAGGAAGGUGUGGAGGCGUCCGCCACCACGGCUGUGACCUCCGUGCGCUCCGUCUCCAUCUUCUCCGUCAACUCCCCCUUCCUCUUCGCCCUCGUCGAUGAUGCCUCCCUGGUCCCGCUCUUCAUGGGCAUUGUCACAAACCCCUCCCCCAACAAAGACGCCAUGCUCAAUGAUGAUCCCCACAGCAACAGCACCAUGAGCGACCAGCCUGUGAUGGACAAUGUCAGGGAAAGAGACACAAAUAGCAAACACAGCAACGGGUCACACAGGAAGUUACAGUCAGCGGAAGGCAGCAGGAUGCAGCCAUGCAGCACCCUUCAUCGUGAGAUGGAGCCGCUGCAGAGUGUAAAUGGACUGGAGGGCACAGACAUGAAACCUUCUCCAAACCAGUCGACUCUGCAACCAACUGAAGUUUGAAAUAUUAGUCGUCUCGACAUUUUGUUGUGUUUCUUGCUGAGAGUUUGAUACUCAGUCUGAUAGAAACCUCUGUAUAUGAAGCAACUAGUUAGUAAAACUUAGCAUAAAGACUAGAACUCUUUGUUUAUUCUCAUUUAAUCUCUGCAAGAAAAAAAUCUAAAUCAUUUCCCAAAUUUUUGAUGUUUUGUUUAGUAAAUUCAGAAGUGCAGCAGAUCACCUUGGUGCUGUGAUGUUAAAGGUGCAUUGUGUUUUCAAUACAAAUGCAGCACAAUUUACUGUGAUCAGCAAGUUUUAUAUGAAAACUGUCAACAAUUUGAAUCAGUACAAACUCUGGUUUACCCCAAAAAACACAGUUCCUUCCAACAAGUCAUGUAUUUUAACUUCAGUCCCAAAUAAAGACGUUGACA